CUGCCGGACUGACGGGCGGCCGGGCGGUGCGCGGCGGCGGCGGCGGCGGCGGCGGCGGGGAAGAUGGCGGCGUCCUCCCUGGAGCAGAAGCUGUCCCGCCUGGAAGCCAAGCUGAAGCAGGAGAACCGCGAGGCCCGGCGGAGGAUCGACCUCAACCUGGAGAUCAGCCCGCAGCGGCCCAGGCCCAUUAUUGUGAUCACUCUAAGUCCUGCUCCUGCCCCGUCCCAGCGAGCAGCCCUGCAACUCCCGUUGGCCAACGAUGGGGGCAGCCGCUCACCAUCCUCAGAGAGCUCCCCGCAGCACCCCACGCCCCCAAGUCGGCCUCGCCACAUGCUGGGUCUCCCAUCCACCCUGUAUGCACCCCGCAGCAUGGAAAGCAUCGAAAUCGACCAGAAGCUGCAAGAGAUCAUGAAGCAGACAGGUUACCUGACCAUCGGGGGCCAGCGUUACCAGGCGGAAAUCAGUGACCUGGAGAACCUGGGGGAGAUGGGCAGCGGAACCUGCGGCCAGGUGUGGAAGAUGCGCUUCCGGAAGACGGGGCAUGUCAUUGCUGUCAAGCAAAUGCGGCGCUCAGGCAACAAGGAGGAGAACAAGCGGAUCCUCAUGGACCUGGACGUGGUGCUCAAGAGCCAUGACUGCCCCUACAUCGUGCAGUGCUUUGGGACUUUCAUCACCAACACCGAUGUCUUUAUUGCCAUGGAACUGAUGGGCACGUGCGCUGAGAAGCUCAAGAAGCGAGUACAGGGCCCCAUCCCUGAGCGGAUCCUGGGGAAGAUGACGGUGGCGAUUGUCAAGGCGCUCUUCUACCUGAAGGAGAAGCACGGCGUCAUCCACCGUGAUGUGAAACCCUCCAACAUCCUGCUGGACGAGCGGGGUCAGAUCAAGUUGUGUGACUUUGGCAUCAGCGGCCGUCUUGUGGACUCCAAGGCCAAGACGCGGAGCGCCGGCUGCGCAGCCUACAUGGCGCCUGAGCGCAUUGACCCCCCUGAUCCCACCAAACCUGACUAUGACAUCCGGGCAGACGUGUGGAGUUUGGGCAUCUCGUUGGUGGAGCUGGCGACAGGACAGUUUCCCUACAAGAACUGCAAGACCGACUUCGAGGUCCUCACCAAGGUCCUGCAGGAGGAGCCCCCGCUCCUGCCUGGCCACAUGGACUUCUCAGGGGACUUCCAGUCCUUCGUCAAAGACUGCCUUACUAAAGAUCACAGGAAGAGACCAAAGUAUAAUAAACUACUUGAACACAGCUUCAUCAAACGCUACGAGAUGCUGGACGUGGACGUGGCUUCGUGGUUCAAGGACGUCAUGGCCAAGACAGAGUCGCCGCGGACGAGUGGCAUCCAGAGCCAGCACCACCUACCCUUCUUCAGGUAGCUGGGGGGCUACGGUGUGGCCACGGCCCCCUGCACUUCCCCGCUGGGCGCCCCCAGCUGCCCUCCAGGGGAGCACCGAGGCCUGGGAAGCUGCCGAGGGCUGAGGACAGAAAGUGGGGGUGUGGGGCGCUGGCCCCUCGUCUCCCUGCUUGCCCACUGUGGACGUGGAAGGAAGGCUCCGGGCGCCCCAACAGACACUGUGAAGGGAAGUGAGCGGCGCUGCACAGACUCGCUAUUUAUUCAAUCGGAACCUGGGGUGGGGGGGUGCCCUGGGACUAGGAGCGCUGUCCGCUCCACCCUGCAUCCCACCUCCACGCUGUCUCUCCGCGCCCCCCACCCCCUCUACCUCCCCUCCCUGACCCUCCCCCCCAGUCCCCUCCCCACAAGGACAGGGCCUGGGAGCCUCGUGGCAAAGGUGGCCUCUGAGCUUGUGGCUCUCACUUGUGGGCACUUUCUCUGUCUCUCUCUCUCUCUGAUCUCAGGGGGUCCUUUUUGAAGUUUAUUGUAUUUUAUUGUACUGGGUGGGGGUGUGGCAGGGGUGGAGAGAACUCCUGGAGUUCCUAGGUACCUUCAGAAACUACCAAAGUCAUGUUGAGCUGCUUGUGUAGACCGGGGGUGGGGUCCCAUGCUUGGCCUCUUGCCCUGGAGGGAAAAGUCCCAAAGGUGGGUCUAAGGGCAGGGAGCUGGGAGGUGCUUGCACCUCUUUCCCGGGUCCUGGAGACUGGCCACAGACUGGUGGAGGUGAGCCGAGGACCUCGGGUACCAGGGAAGCGGGGGGCUUAGGGGUGGCCGUGGCUGCACGGAUGCCCGCAAGUGCAGAUAGAGCAGGUGUUGGAGAGUCACUGGGGUAGGAGUGAAUGGCAGAGAGCCAGUGUGGGGGUUCAGAGGUGUGUGGCAGGGCACGUGGAGUAAGGGCUGGGAAUGUGGAGAGAUACUGAGGGCCUGGGCACUCCCUUUGUUGUCGGGAUGCAUGCAGAUCAGGCGUGGACAACACCAUCACACACACACACAAACAAAACAAACCAAAGCCUGCGCCCACCAGAGCCCAAGGUGAGGUUGUCGGGGGCGUCCCCAGCCUCACCACACACAGCAACAGUCACGAAAUGAGCAAAUUUCAAGGCAUU